AGCAUUUGGUUUCACGGGCUCCCUGGGAACUGGUGUCCCUCCGAGUUCAGGCUCGUUUGGAUGGAAAGAAAAUUAAAACAAACAGCAGACUCUGAAAUCCCAAACCUCUCAUCUGUCGUUCUCCUGCCGAGUCCCGUCUCUCUCUGAGUCCCGUCUUCUUUAAUUCGGAGAAUCCUUCCAUUAGAGAGAGAGAGAGAGAGAGAGAGAGAUGGAGAUGGAAUUGGAGCCGAGGGUGAAGCCACUGCCCUACAAAAUCAAGGCCAUGUCCCGGGAAUCCCCCUCUCAGAAGGCUCAGCACGUCCUCGAUCCCGACCUUCGCUCCCACUGGUCCACCGCUACCAACACCAAGGAAUGGAUCUUGCUUGAGCUCGACGAACCUUGCUUACUAUCGCACAUACGGAUUUAUAACAAGUCCGUACUUGAAUGGGAAAUUGCAGUCGGCUUGCGUUACAAGCCUGAGGCAUUUGUAAAGGUUCGUCCACGAUGUGAAGCUCCUCGGCGUGAUAUGAUGUAUCCUGUGAACUACACGCCGUGCCGUUAUGUACGAAUAUCUUGUUUGCGGGGGAAUCCAAUAGCUAUAUUUUUCAUUCAGCUUAUUGGAGUUUCUGUAACUGGACUGGAACCUGAAUUUCAACCUGUUGUUAAUUAUUUGCUGCCACACAUCAUCUCACACAAACAGGAUGCUCAUGAUAUGCAUCUUCAGUUGCUUCAAGACAUGACAAACCGGUUGCUGCCAUUUCUUCCCCAACUUGAGGCAGAUCUUACGAGUUUUUCAGAGUCAGCAGAGUCCAGUACCCUUUUUUUAGCGAUGCUUGCUGGCCCAUUUUAUCCAAUUCUUCGCAUCGUGAAUGAAAGGGAAACUGCUAGGGCUUCUGGCAGCUUUCCUGAUUCAGAUGCUUUGAGGAAUAGUCAGACUUCAACUUUAACAGUUUCAUCGAAUUUUGAGGCCCAGCCCAGGAGAUCAAGGAGUCCAUCACCUUUUGUCCAACUUGCUGCUAGCUCCAUAGCUUUUCGUGCAGAUGCCGUGUUCAUGCUGCUGAGAAAGGCAUAUAAAGACCCUCAACUUGGAAAUGUUUGCCGAAUAGCUUCUAGAGCUUUGCAGAAACUUACAGAGCCCGGUACCUCAGUGGAAGCGUCAAUCCCUUCCAGCGACUCAGCAUCUUCUGCAGUUCCUGAUGAAGCAGCCAAAGCUGAAGCUUCUGGUCAUGUGCAUUUGGCUGAUUACUCAAGCUUGUUUGGAGAAGAAUUCAGGAUACCUGAUGAUAACUGGGAUGCCUAUUAUCUGAAUGUCUUGGAUCUCAGUGCAGUAGAAGAAGGGAUUCUGCAUGUUCUCUAUGCUUGUGCAUCACAGCCUCUUCUGUGCUGUAAAUUGGCUGAAAGUAAUUCUGACUUUUGGUCUGCACUUCCUCUUGUACAAGCACUGCUACCAGCACUCCGUCCUCCUGUUACCAGUCCUUCAGAUCAAUUUGACGAUAGUUUCUGGCAAUGGAAACAGCCCUUUGUGCAGCAUGCUCUUUCUCAGAUUGUAGCUACGUCAUCCUCAUCAGUGUACCGUCCUCUUCUUCACACUUGUGCUGGCUAUUUAUCAUCAUUUCAACCAUCACAUGCAAAGGCGGCAUGCAUUCUAAUUGACCUCUGUUCCGGGCCUCUUGCACCUUGGAUAUCAACAGUGAUUGCAAAGGUUCGUUCUCAUUUUUUGUCUAUAAAUACUUUGCUUCUUCAGUUUUUUUUACUGACUUUGGUACAGGUAGACCUUGCGAUUGAGCUUCUGGAGGACCUCUUGGGCACAAUCCAGGGCAGUUAUCAUUCUUUUUCUCGGGCUCGCGCUGCACUGAAAUACCUCAUACUGGCUUUGUCUGGGCAUAUGGAUGAUAUGCUAGCAAAAUAUAAGGAAGUUAAGCACAAACUGCUCUUUCUUGUGGAAAUGCUCGAACCUUUUCUUGACCCUGCUAUAACUGCUGUGAAGAAUACAAUUGCUUUUGGAGAUGUUUCUGCUAUUUUUCUGGAGAAGCAGGAACACAAUUGUGCUGUUGCACUCAAUGUCAUUCGUACAGCAGUGCAAAGGCCUGCUGUGCUUCCAUCCUUGGAAGUUGAAUGGAGGCGAGGAUCAGUUGCUCCAAGUGUACUUCUCUCUAUUUUGGGACCACACAUGCCGUUGCCUCCUGAAAUUGACCUUUGCAAAUGCUCGGUUUCUAAAGGGAUUGAGCAAGAAUCUUCUACUAAUUCAGUCCCUCGAUAUGGGGUCUCUUGCAAAAGCAAUAGUCUAGAUGAAUUUGAUGGGAAGACUGAUGUAUCAGACAUGGCUGCGAGGAUGGAUGCAUUGGAAGAUGCCAGUCUUCUAUUUUCCCCACCAGAACUGAAAAGUACAAUGCUGAGGUACCCAAGUAACCUCUUUGAAGGAAAUUGUCCCGACAAAAUAAAUUCAGAAUCCAGUCAUGCAGAGGUUACCACGGAAGCGAAACAACCGACUCAGAAGACUACGAAUAAACAGUUACAGAAUGGCUUAAUCCUGGAUAGUGGUUUUGCAGUUGAGUAUUUUAAUUUGCAGGCAGACUAUUUGCAACUUGUGAACCAUCAAGAUUGUGAGCUCAGGGCUUCUGAAUUUCAACGGUUGGCAUCGGAGUUGCACUCCCAGCAUGAGAUUACGCCAGAGGGUCAUGAUGCUGCAAUCGAUGCUUUGCUUUUAGCUGCAGAGUGCUAUGUGAAUCCCUUUUUUAUGAUGGCUUUCAGAUCAACACCAAAGCUUUUCAAUAGGAUGAACAUCAGCGAGACCAAAAUUGCUCAAAACUAUGAUAUGGCUGAGCUGAAAAGGGUCUCUGAAAAACAUCACAAUGACUUGGAAACAAUCGCUCUUCUCGAAAGCAAAAGAGACAAAACUGUUCUCCAGAUACUCCUCCAAGCUGCCAAAUUAGAUAGUGAAUAUAAGAAGAGUGCAUCUAAAAGAGAACAAUGUCCAUAUGAUACUGGAGAAAAUGGACAAGGCAUUGAAAUAUCUCCAUUAGAUGUGCAGUCUGCAGAUGCAGUCACCUUGGUUCGACAGAAUCAAGCUUUGCUGUGCCAGUUCCUGAUUCAGCGCUUGCAGAAAGAACAGCAGUCAAUGCACGAAAUUCUCAUGCAAAGCCUAUUAUUUUUGUUGCACUCUGCUACUGAGUUAUUCUGCCCUCCUGAGAAUGUCAUUGACAUUAUUUUAGGAUCUGCAGGGCAUCUUAAUGGAUUGCUUACAUCUUUCUAUUAUCAGCUUAAAGAGGGUAACCUGCAGUUGGAUCCAGAGAGAGUGCAUGGAGUACAACGACGCUGGGUGCUUCUUCAAAGACUAGUCAUUGCAUCUAGUGGUGGUGGUGAUGGAACUGACUCUAUGAUCAACUCUAAAAGUGGAUUUCAGUACAGAAGCUUGAUUUCUCCAUCAUCCUGGAUGCAGAGAAUACCUAAAUUCUCAUCCUCCUCGUUUCCACUUGUUCGGUUCUUGGGGUGGAUGGCCAUAUCCCGUUAUGCAAAGCAAUAUCUGAAUGAGCAGUUAUUUCUUGCAUCAGAUCUGUCGCAGCUGACUUCCUUAUUAUCUAUUUUCGCAGAUGAGCUGGCACUUACAGAUAAUAUAAUUGAGAAAAAAGAUGAUCCUUCCAAGUUGGAGCACCCAGGAACCAAACAAGAUCCUGAGAUUAGUAAUGGAUUUGGGCUUCCUGAGCAAGCUCAUGGUGAAAUAUCUUUCCGUGUCAUUUAUCCUGACCUGCAUAGGUUCUUUCCGAAUAUGAGAAGACAGUUUGGUGCCUUUGGGGAGAUUAUUUUGGAGGCUGUUGGCUUGCAGUUGAAAUCUCUUUCCUCUAGUGCUGUUCCAGACGCGUUGUGUUGGUUUUCUGAUUUGUGCUUGUGGCCAUUUCAUGAAAUUGAGAAGGACCAGCCAGGCACUGGAAAUGCUUCUGACCAUCUGAAAGGAUAUUCUGCCAAAAACACGAAAGCAAUCAUCCUAUACACACUCGAAGCUAUUGUAGCUGAACACAUGGAAGCAAUGAUUCCUGAAAUACCUAGGGUGGUGCAAAUACUGGUGUCUUUAUGUAGAAGUUCCUAUUGUGAUGUGGCUUUCCUUGAUUCCAUAUUGUGUUUAUUGAAGCCACUCAUCUCAUAUGCUAUAGGGAAGGUAUCCAAUGACGAAAAACUAUUGGCAGAUGAGUCUUCUUGUCUUAAUUUUGAGUCUUUAUAUUUUGAUGAACUUCUCAGUAAUAUCAGGUGCAGAACUGAAUCUCAGGACGGUCCUGCUGAAAAACAAUAUCGGGGGGCACUAAUGAUUUUCAUUUUGGGUGCUCUCUUCCCUGAUUUAUCCUUUCCACGUAGGAGGGAAAUAUUACUGUCUUCAUUACUGUAUGCUGAUUUUGCCACGUCUGAGCCAACCUCGUCUUUCUAUGACUACCUGUGUGGGUUUCAGAACCUCAUGGAAAGUUGCGACCUUCUGUUAGUUCAGUAUUUAGAAAUGUCUGGCAUUCUCAUCCCAGGUCAGAAGCUCCACUUAGAAGUAAAAGCUGUCACUGAUACUAGCUCAAGCUUCCCGUCAUGUAUUCUGGAUGAUGUACACAGUUCUCCACAAACCAAGGUCACUGAAGAGUUUGAAAGGGUGAAAAACGAUACCAUUCUCUCAAAUGCGAAGGCUCAUUGUUCAUCUGCCAAUGAAAUAGAAGAAUUUUCAAAAGAAUUACAGGGCUUAAUUUCCAAGCUCAAUCCAUCAAUUGAGCUUUGUUGGAAACUUCAUCCUCAACUGGCAAAGAAGCUAACUGUUACAUCAGCAAAAUGUUACAUGUACUCAAGAUGCUUGUCAUCCAUCGAUCAGUUGGUUGAUAGUAACAGAAAUGAGGAUAAUGGAAAUGCAGUUCCAUCCAACUCAGGUGACCAACUUUCGACACAUUGGAGAAGUGCUCUUGAAGGACUUGUCGGAGUUGUUCUGAUUCUUCAGCAAAAUCACUGCUGGCAGGUGUCAUCUGUUAUGGUUGACUAUCUACUUGGGUUGCCUCACUGUUUUUGUCUGGACCAUGUGGUCUGUACUUUAUGUUCUGCAAUUAAGCACUUCUGUUGCAAUGCUCCAAGAAUUUCAUGGCGACUUCAAACUGAUAAAUGGUUAUCAGCCUUAUUCAGGAGGGGUAUCAGUAACCUGCAGGGGGAUGAGGAUUCAUUAGUUGAUCUGUUUGGUACAAUGCUGGGUCAUUCAGAACCAGAGCAGCGGUCUGUUGCGUUACACCAGCUAGGAAGACUUGUUGGCGAGGAUAUAAAAAUAGCAAAAAUAUCUUAUGCAGUGUGGGAAAAGUCAGUUGCGUCCGAAACUGUUUCAGAGUCAAUUGUAUCCCUUUUGGUUUCAAGGACAUGGGAUAAGGUUGCAGCAUUGGCAUCAUCUGACCCAUCCAUUCUUUUGAGGACUCAUGCAAUGGCGCUGCUAUUAGACUACAUUCCAUUUGCUCAGCGCAGUCACUUGCAGUCGUUUCUAGGAGCAGCAGAUAGCAUUCUUCGUGGUUUGGGAAAUCUUGCAUAUCCAAUGCGUGAAGGCCCAUUAACACGACUCUCGUUGGCUCUUCUUGCAGGCGCAUGCCUAUACUCCCCAACUGAGGAUAUUACUUUGAUACCUCAAAGCGUUUGGAGAAACCUAGAGACCAUAGGAAUGUCAAAAUCUGAAGGAAGUGUUGGUGAUAUGGAGAAGAAGGCCUGCCAAGCUUUAUGUAGAUUUCACAUUGAAGGUGAUGACGCGAAAGAGGUCCUGAAAGAAGCACUCUCAUCAGAUUCUACGACAGAACACAGUGAUCCCAACUUUGGAAGCACCCGUGAAUCUAUUCUUCAGGUGCUUGCUACUAUGACAUCUGUCCAGUCAUACUUUAACUUCUUCUCAAAGAAAAUGGACCAGGAGGCUAUGGAACUAGAAGAGGCUGAAAUAGAAAUGGAUCUUCUUCAGAAAGAACAAGCAUUGCAGGAAGUAUCUGGAAAUUCAAAAGAAGAAGCACAUUGGACCCCUGACUCUCCUCUUUUAUCUACAGCUAAUCUGAAGGAUGAUAAUCGUCUACAGGAAAUUAAGGAUAGCAUUCGUUCCUUAGAGAAGUCUAGACUCAAAGAAGAAAUUGCUACACGAAGGCAAAAGAAACUCCUCGUGAGACGCACCCGUCAAAAAUAUUUAGAAGAGGCAGCUCUACGGGAAAUGGAGCUUCUCAAAGAACUUGAUAGGGAGAGAACAAGUGAAAUGGAACGUGAAAUCGAGCGACAACGGGUGUUGGAGCUUGAGCGUGCCAAAACCAGAGAGCUGCGCCACAAUGUUGAUAUGGAGAGGGAGAAGCAAACACAGAGAGACCUUCAACGGGAGUUGGAGCAGGUAGAGUCUGGAGUCCGACCAUCACGGAGAGAAUUCUCUUCAUCUACUUCCAGUGGCCGGCCCAGGGAAAGGUAUCGAGAGAGAGAAAACGGGAGGUCAGGACAUGAAGGCAGCUUAAGGCCAAGCAGCAGAGGCCGUGACGGUGGUACUACUGCUACUUCAACUGCUGGUUCUAGUGGAGCAACCAACUUGUCCUCAUCCAUACCUCCUAUGGUGCUAACUGGAUCCAGGUCGUUCUCCAGCCAGCCGCCCACUAUUCUACAAUCACGAGAACGUUCAGAGGAUCGCAGUGGUGGGUAUGAUGACAACUUUGAUGGAAGUAGAGAUUCCGGUGAUACAGGUAGUGUUGGUGACCCAGACUUGGCAUCAGCAUUUGAUGGGCCGGCAGGUGGGUUUGGGUCCGUGCAAAGGCAAGGCUCACGUGGUAGCAAGUCAAGGCAGAUCAUGGAGCGGAGAGAGCGGGAUAGUAGGCGUGAAGGGAAAUGGGAAAGGAAGCAUUCAUAAGUGGUGGUUGACAAGUCAUCUCAGCCAUGUUUCGUGUUGAUUUCCCAGCCAUGAUGACAAUUUUCAGCAGUACCCAGAAACUGAUAGGAAAAUUGAGAUUUAUCUUAGCAGAUCUGCUGAAAAGAGAAGGUGAAGAAGAUCCGAGCAAGACAAAAUGAUAUUAUCAUGGGAAGCUUUGGGAUCUGUAAGUCGCGGCCGCGUCAAAGAUGUAACAUGUAAUUGGGUUUUUUUUUUUUUCUUCAGAAAACAGAAAUGUAAAUCUUCAAAUAUCAUAUUUUAGUAGUUUUCUUCAUUUGUCAAUUGAUUUGAGAUGUGGAAGUUAAUCUUUUUUCAACAAGAUGAA